ACAGGAUCAGCCUCCUUCUCUUGCUCAGCCCAGUCCUCCCUCUGCCCCUGCGGAACCGUCGGUACCCGCCUGGGCUUCCGCCAUGUCUAGUGCGGCAGCGGAUCUGGCCCUAGUUGCCAAGGCAGCCAUGUCCUUCAUGGAGCGUAUGGCAGCUACUACUCCAGUGGCGUCCACCGCUCCAUCUCCUCUCAGUGAUUCUCACAGGGGGCGUUUGACGUCUAAGAGGCAGCGUGAGCGGCAGCAUUCCUCAUCGGAUGACUCCGCUUCUCCCCCACGCCUUGAGGCAUGCCCGGUUGACUCUCCCUCUCGUGGGGAGCGCAAAUCCAAAGGGGAAUUGUCCGGAUCGGACGAGGCCACGGAGCGGGAACCCCUGCCUAAGCUUUCCACCAUGGUAUCCGAAUUGGUGGAGACUGUCCGUGACACUUUUAAUAUCCACGGAGAUUCCACUCCCUCCACUAGUCGGGAGUUCUCCCUCUUUCCGCCCUAAAGGCCCGAAUCCGCGGUGUUCCCCGUUCAUGAGGAAUUCACAGCGGUCAUAUCAAAGGCUUGGGACCGACCCAAUCAGAAAUUUUCGGCCACCAAGCGCAUGGAUAUGCUUUCCCCUUUCCCCUCUGACUCGGUGGAAAAGUGGACUUCUUCCCCUAAGGUAGAUCCUCCAGUGGCCAGGUUGGCCAAGAACACGGCCCUUCCUGUCCUAGACGGUUCCUCCCUGCAGUAUGCGGUGGACAGACGCCUGGAUUCACUUUCCAAGUCCAUCUUCUCUCUGGCGGGCGCUUCCCUGCGACCGGCUUUUGCGUCGGCUUGGGUUGCCAGAGCCCUUACGGUGUGGUUGCGGCGCCACCACCAGGAUCUGACGGAACAGGGCGCCCCUGCAGACACUUUGGAAUUUAUUCUCCAAAUGUCUCAGGCUUCUAAAUAUCUCUGUGAGGCUUCAAUGGAUAUCGGUUCCCUAUUUGCCCGUAUUUCGGCCCUCUCGGUCAUUCAGCGUAGAGAGGUUUGGUUGAAGGUGUGGGAUGCUGAUGCUUCUUCCAAGCGUUCCCUCGCUAACCUUCCCUUUGAAGGAUCUAGACUCUUUGGUGCCCAGUUGGACGAAUUCAUUUCUGCCGCAACGGGGGGCAAGAGUACUCAUCUGCCUCAACCCAGAUCCAAACGGCCCUUUCGAUCUCGGGCUUCAGGGUUCCGGGGCCAGUCCUUUCGUCGCUUCUCCACGGCCAGGACGUCUUCGUCCUCGUCGGCUGGGGGAUCCCAGGAAUCCCGCAAGAAGCCUUUCUUCAAACCCCAGCCCUCUUGGCGACCACGGGCACAGUCAACCCGUCCCCCUGCUCCCAAGCAGCCCUCCGCAUGAAGGGGUGCCCCCACCCCUCGUGGUGGGGGGCCGUUUGCUCUCCUUUCAGCAGGUCUGGAGGGCUCAUGUUCAGGACGCCUGGGCUCUGGAGAUUGUGACGUCCGGUUACAAAUUGGAGUUCGCGUCCAGCCCGCCGGAACGCUUUUUCCCGUCUCGCGUUCCGGGGUAUCCAGCCAGGGCCUCGGACCUCCUUUUGGCGGUCUCCUCUCUUCUGGACCGGGGUGUCAUUUUUCCCGUUCCCCCAGAGGAACAGGGAACAGGUUUUUACUCAAACCUGUUCGUCGUUCCGAAGAAGGGGGGGUCGGUGCGCCCGAUACUGGAUCUGAAGCUUCUAAACAAGUUUCUAAGGGUGCGGAAGUUUCGCAUGGAGUCCAUUCGCUCCGUUAUUGCUUCUCUGCUUCCGGGGGAAUUUCUCGCGUCUGUGGACAUUCAAGACGCCUACUUACACGUCCCGAAUGUGAAGUCUCACCAUCGCUUUUUGUGUUUUGCCAUCUGGGGUCGUAAUUACCAGUUCGUCGCCCUGCCUUUUGGGUUGGCGACUGCCCCUCGCGUUUUCACCAAGGUUUUGGCACCUCUCAUGGCGCUUCUUCGCACCAGGGGCAUCUCGUUGUUGCCCUACCUGGACGACAUCUUGAUAAAAGCCCUGUCUCUUCCACAGGCCGAGGACAGCAUCCGAAUUACCGUUCAAUCUCUAGAACGGUUCGGGUGGCUGAUCAAUCUACCAAAAUCCUCUCUGCACCCUUCCCAGAGACUCUCCUUCCUGGGGAUGAUUUUGGACACCUCGAGUUCUCGGGUGUUUCUUCCGGAUUCCAAGUCCUCUCAGAUUCGGAGGGCGGUGUCGCUCCUUCUACAAGUUCCUUGUCCCACCAUUCGGGAGUGCAUGCGGGUUCUGAACCUUAUGGUCGCCUUCUUCGAGGCGAUUCCGUAUGCCCAGUUCCACACUCGACCGUUUCAACAGUGGAUUCUUGCCCUAUGGGACAAGACCUCUCGGGGUCUGGACGCUCCCGUCCGCCUGUCCCGGCACAUUUGGUUGUCUCUCCCCUGGUGGCAGGCCUCCCCGAAUCUCUCAUCAGGGAGGUCCUUCCUUCCGUUCUCCUGGACGAUAGUCACCACCGAUGCCAGCCUCAUCGGUUGGGGAGGCGUUCUCCGGAACCUCACAGUUCGGGGGUCUGGUCGACGGAGGAAUCCCGGCGGAACGCGCAGUCGGGCAGUGAUGCAGGAGGUGGCGAGGAUCCUCCUAUGGGCGGAGUCUCAUGUUCCAGUGUUGUCGGCGGUGUACAUUCCGGGCGUCGACAACUGGACGGCGGAUUUUCUGAGCCGCACCAAGGUGGAUCCGGGAGAGUGGUCCCUACAUCCGGAGGUGUUCGAGGACAUCUGCCGCCGAUGGGGCCGUCCGGACGUGGAUUUAAUGGCGUCCCGGCUAAACAACAAGGUGCCGGUGUUCCUGGCCCACGCUCGGGACCCAAGGGCGUGCGGAGUGGACGCCCUGGUGUCUCCUUGGCAGCGAUUCGACCUCCUCUAUGUCUUCCCUCCACUUCCUCUGUUGCCGAAGGUGCUGCGCAAGAUCGAGGCGGAGGGGAUACCGACCAUUCUUAUCGCUCCGGAUUGGCCUCGCCGCGCUUGGUUCUCCAACGUCGAUAAGGUGGUGCUACGGCCGGAUCCUUCUUUUUUGCCCAAGGUGGUUUCCCCGUUCCACCAUAACGAGGAUCUUGUCCUGCCCUCUUUUUGUCCUUCUCCAGCGAACCCCAAGGAACGUGCUCUCCACUCCCUGGACGUCGUCAGGGCCCUGAAAGUGUAUCUGGGGGCCACCGCCUACUUUCGUCGUUCGGACUCCCUCUUUGUGGUUCCCGAGGGGUCUCGUAAGGGUCUGGCGGCUUCCAAGUGGAUGACCCCCUCGUCUACCAUUUGUUCAGGGUGGUGCCUCUGUGUUCGGCCCAUUGGCUUAUGCUUUGUAUUUCCAUCUUUAGCUGUAAAGAAGCCACGUGUUCGGUUUAGUAACCUGAUGGAAGUGCGGCAGCUCCCAUCAAGUCAAGCUCUUGAAGCCAAAUUAUCCCGCAUGUCGCACCCGCCAGUCCGAGACAGUGAGCCAGGGCUACGAACGAGCGGGAAGUUCUCCGUCUGCCAAGUAGCCAAGAUCAGUUUCUUCUUCUGUUUUGUGUGGUUCUUGGCCAAUUAUUCCUAUCAGGAGGCACUAUCGGAUACGCAGGUCGCCAUUGUGAACAUCAUCUCCUCCACAUCAGGUCUGUUCACACUGAUCCUGGCGUCCAUCUUUCCCAGUAACAGCGGCGACCGCUUCACUCUUUCCAAGUUUCUGGCUGUUGUUUUAAGUAUUGGUGGUGUGGUGCUCGUCAGCUUAUCAGGAUCUGAAGACUCCAGAGAUCAAGACACGAUCGGGUCCCUGUGGUCGUUGCUCGGCGCCGUCCUGUAUGCGGUCUACGUUGUCAUGAUUAAGAGGAAGGUGGAGCGGGAGGAGAAGCUUGACAUCCCCAUGUUUUUUGGCUUCGUGGGCCUCUUUAACCUUCUCCUCCUAUGGCCCGGAUUCUUUGUCCUACAUUACACAAAGUUUGAAGCUUUUGAGUUUCCCAGUAAAGUGGUUUGGAUGUACUUGGUGGUGAACGGCCUGGUGGGCACCGUGCUGUCGGAGUUCCUCUGGCUGUGGGGCUGCUUCCUGACCUCAUCUCUGGUUGGCACCCUGGCCCUCAGCCUCACCAUCCCGCUCUCCAUUAUUGCAGACAUCUGCAUGCAGAAGGUGAGCUUUUCGUGGGUGUUCUUUGCUGGCGCACUCCCGGUUUUUAUCUCUUUCGUCACUGUGACUCUCUUGUGUCAUUACAAUAAUUGGGAUCCGGUCAUGGUGGCGCUGCGCAGGAUCUUUUCCUUCGUGUGCAGGAAGCAUCGGAUUGUGAGGACUUCAGAGGACAGUGAGCAGAGCGAGAGUCUCAUCCCGCUGCACAGCGUCUGCCCGGAUGACAGCUCCACCAGCUGCUCCUAGCCACAGGGAAUGGAAGUGUCUUGAACUUGUGAGGUCCUGCAAGUGCUGCUCUUCUGAAACUGCCUUCUCCUGUAGCUCCUGCCUGAGCGUCCACAGCUGCUAUGGUGGUUUCCUCUAGCUACCUUUAGACAUGUGGUCGCUGAAGGUUCUUUUGGAGAGUCUAUAUGAAGCCGUGUUUGCACCUCUUUUGUAAAGAAUUUAGUUUUGUUUCGUUUUUGACUUGAUUUCGGGAAGUGAAAGUUAAAAUCUAAUAAAGAGGGGUGUGAGAAUGGGACGUAAUGGAGCAGAUGUCAUGCCGUUAGGAAGGGUGCAUUUAGAUGUCACACUUCUUGGUGUAUUCGUUAGAUAUUGGCCUACAACUGCUGAAUGUUUGGUGCUAUGGGGCACCAAAUGCCCUCCUCGAGUGUAUCCCCUAUGUCCUCAUCAUGAUGUCCCAAUACUUCAAUAUCCACAUGGCACAAAUGUAAGAGGAACUUGGUCAGAUGUGGCUCCUGGCGUCUAUGGUGUGACCCUUGGGCCUUAUUUGAUCGUGUCAUUGAAGAAGGUUGUCUGCACUUGUGCUGCUGCGGUGUGUCGAGAUUGGUGCUGCAUUUUCUAUUGGGCGAAGCCAUGUACACAUCGGUCAUUUGACUUUCCAUUAAACUGCAGUCCCAUUUAAGUCUGUGUGUGUGUGGGGGGGGGGGGGGGGGGGUGUCCUGUACGGUGUAAUGAAGAGAAAGGGGGGAUAUGAUACUGUAAUGAGAAAAAGACCGGCGUAAAACGAUGAGGUGGACAAGGGCCGGCAGAUGGAUGAGUUGUGGUGGACGACUGGCGGCAGAUGGACGCGUAGGGGUGGACUAGGGCCGGCUGAUGGGCGAGUCGGGGUGGACGAUGGCCUGCAGAUGGAUGAGAGGUGUGGACAAGGGCCGGCAGAUGGACAUGUUGUGGGGGACAAGGGCUGGCAGAUGGGCGAGUCGUGGUGGUGCACGAGGGCUGGCAGAUGGGCGAGUCGUGGUGGUACACGAGGGCCGGCAGAUGGGCGAGAGGGGUGGACAAGGGCCGGCAGAUGGAUGAGUUGUGGUGGACGAGUGCCGGCAGGUGGACGAGUCGGGGUGGACGAUGGCCUGCAGAUGGAUGAGAGGUGUGCACGAGGGCUGGCAGAUGGGCGAGUCGUGGUGGACGAGAGGGGUGGACAAGGGCCGGCAGAUGGAUGAGUUGUGGUGGACGAGUGCCGGCAGGUGGACGAGUCGGGGUGGACGAUGGCCUGCAGAUGGAUGAGAGGUGUGCACGAGGGCUGGCAGAUGGGCGAGUCGUGGUGGACGAGAGGGGUGGACAAGGGCCGGCAGAUGGAUGAGUUGUGGUGGACGAGUGCCGGCAGAUGGACGAGUAGGGGUGGACUAGGGCCGGCUGAUGGGCGAGUCGGGGUGGACGAUGGCCUGCAGAUGGAUGAGAGGUGUGCACGAGGGCCGCAGAUGGGCGAGUCGUGGUGGUGCACGAGGGCUGGCAGAUGGGCGAGAGGUGUGGACAAGGGCCGGCAGAUGGGUGAGUCGUGGUGGUGCACGAGGGCUGGCAGAUGGGCGAGAGGUGUGGACAAGGGCCGGCAGAUGGGUGAGUCGUGGUGGUGCACGAGGGCCGGCAGAUGGACAAGAGGUGUGGACUAAGGCCGGCUGAUGGACAUGUAGGUGGACAGUGACUGACAGCUGGACACAACUCACAGCAUUCAGCCUUCAUUGACAUACAGCCCUUCCUCUUUAUUGUCGGCGGUGCGGUUUCCCCAUGGAGGGGGCUGCAGGCGCCUCUGUCACGUUUGCAGGUUUGGCCUGAGGUAACCUCUGCCUGCUCCAUGUUGUUCUGGAGAGAAGGUUUUAAUUUGCACUAAAUAAUCUUCAUGUUGAUGGAUUUCAUUCCACAUAAAGCAACUGAGGCAGGAAAUCGAGAGAAGCCGCGAGAUCCCGGCUGUGCUAAUAAGAAGCAGAAAAUAAUGAGGCCAUUGUUUCCCCCAGAGAAUACAGGCUCCCAACUGGAAUCAUAGGGGGGGCACAUACUUCUGAAUUUAUUACUGGAAUCUCUGUCUUCCGAUGUUCAUGUCACACUACAGGCGUACUCCUUACUUCCUGCAGGGGCGCACACAAGCCGACUUUUAAUCUCAGGUUUAUUUCUUUAUGCGAUGAUUUAUUUUUCAUAAAAUGUUGAUUUUCCAAAUAAAUAUUCAUUAGUUUUAUGAAUAAGAAAUGUGAAAAA